UGCAAGACUUGCGUCACUUCCGUAAUGAGAUUUCGCUACGGUGUUUGUUUCACAGAGUGAGCGAUGUUUUGCAAAAGGAUUUCCGCUGAAUAUUCGACAAACGCUGGAAAAUAAACGGGCAUGAUGGAGGAACCAUGGGAUUUUGAGAUUCUGUCCCGCAUUGCCGACGGCUGCUUGUCGUUCCUGUCCGAAUUCGUGGAGGACUGGCUCGCCAACGACAUGAGGGUCUCCAUAUUCAAAAUCCUCCUCAGCUGGUUAAUUUUCAGUCUUCUAGCUAUUCACUUCGCUUGGAAGGUUUACGGAAACACCGUAAACGAUAUGUAUUAUCGACAGGGGAGCGGCCAGAACGGGGGUACACCUGACACAACACCUGGCCUGGGUAGAUGGGGGAGCUCAGCGGGGGAACCAUUCAAAUCUCAUAGAGAUUAGUUUGACGGCUCGGAGAUGAGUUCUAGAAAGUUCCAGGGACUACGAAAUCACGUUAAAACUCAGACUUUAUUAAUAGGAAUUUAUCAUUACUCUAUAUAUAAGCUGUACAGUUGACUGGAAAACACCAUUGUAAAUACACAAUUUAUAUUA